AUGCAAAACAUUAUUGCUGCUACCAAAUCUAUGCAGAAAUGUGAUAUGGAGGAUGAUUUGCAAGAUGUACGCGCUUAUUUUAAAAAAAAUGUUUCAAAUACAUUGCAAGAGAAAAUUGAAAAAAUGAGAAAUAAAUUAUCUUUAAAUAAUAUUCAUGUUGAUAACGAAGUUGACGAUGGUGAUAACGGAAUCGUACAAGAAAUGAGAAAUGUUAAUGACAGUGUGCGGAACAAAAAAAGUAAGAAACGUCCAGAGAAAUCGGAGAAUGCUUUCUUUGAUGAAAGUGUCUCGGCGAAAAGCAUGUCAGCCAGUUCUUGUUGUCUUAAUUUUGCACAAAUGAAUCUUUCACGCCCUUUGCUCAAGGCAAUUAAUAAUUGUGGAUUCAUCGAACCAACGCCAAUUCAAGCUGCUUGUAUUCCACUUGCUCUUGCAGGGCGUGAUUUAUGUGCGUGUGCAGCAACUGGUACUGGUAAAACUGCAGCAUUUAUGCUACCUAUACUUGAAAGGCUUCUAUAUAAACCGCAGCGAAAAUCAGUCACCCGUGUUAUUAUUUUAGUUCCGACUAGGGAACUUGCUAUUCAGGUGUUUCAAGUAAGUCGACGGCUGGCUCAAUUCGUUCAAGUUGAUAUUUGUCUUUGCGCUGAAAAUAUAUUUUAUUAA